UUAUGGUUGUAACCAUAACAUUUCACAGUUUGAAUUGACUGUAGUCAUGACGAUGUGAUGAGAUUCCAUCAUCAAACUUGUUGAGACACUAAAGACAAACAAAUCUACAUACUGAGGGAAACUAAACUAACCUACUAAAGAUGACUGACAAAAGCAAAUCUUCACCCCAGACAGGUUACGUAUUCAAUGAUCUCCGUCUGGAGGGUCACUUCUGUGAUGCCGUCAUCAGAGUCCAGGACGUGGAGUUUCAGGUCCACAAGAUCAUCCUCUGUGAAUGCAGCUCGUACUUCCGAGCUCUCUUCAUACGCUGGUCAGCUGCAGACAAGAAGGACUUCAACAUCCACGGCCUGUCUCCUGCCAUGAUGCAAGCCAUCAUUGAGUUUGCAUACACCGACUCUCUCUCCGUGACGGUGGACAACGUACAGGAGCUGCUGCUAGCAGCCGACCAGUUCAACGUAAUGAAGAUUGUACAAGCAUGCUGCGACUUCCUGGGGGAGCGGCUCUGCCCGGAGAACUGCAUCGGCAUCUGGAAGUUCACCAGCAUCCUCCCCUGCUUUGAGCUGCAGAGCAAGGCCUUCCAGUUCAUCCUUGAUCACUUUGAGCAGGUGAUGUCCACUGAGGAGUUUCAGUAUCUCUCUGUGCAGGAACUCACUGACAUCCUAGGAAGAGACGACCUCAAUGUGAAAAAGGAGAAUACUGUGUGCGAGGCCAUCUUUCACUGGAUCACCAACAGACCGGAGGAACGAACAGAACAUCUGCUUGAGCUCUUGUCUAAGGUCCGAUUGGCCUUGAUGAGUCAGGAUCAACUGGGGACGACUGUGCUGGCCAAUGAGCUGGUGAGGAGCAACGCUGAGUGCUUCAAAAUGGUGACAGAGAUCUUGGAAAACAAAAGCAGCCUCACCUCACCAGCAUUUGACAUGCGUGACCCUGUCGCUCGUCCUCGCCUGCCUCACGCCGUCUUGCUGGCCAUCGGAGGCUGGAGCGGAGCUGAUCCAACCAACUGUGUCGAGGCGUACGACAUCCGCGCUGACCUCUGGGUCAACCUGACAAACGAGCAGGAGCGUCCUCGUGCCUAUCACGGCACCGCCUUCCUCGACGGGUACGUCUACUGUGUGGGUGGCUUUGACAGGGCGGAGUCUUUCAACAGUGUUCGCAGGCUGGAUCUGUCCACAUACACCUGGGAGGAAGUCGCACCAAUGCACUACCGCCGCUGCUAUGUGUCCGUCGCUGUGCUGAAUGGGUGCAUCUAUGCCAUGGGAGGCUAUGAUGGACAUGUACGACUCAGCACUGUAGAGCGCUACAGGCCCGACACCAACCAGUGGACUGUCAUCACUCGCAUGCAUGAGAUCAGGAGCGACGCCAGCUGUGCAACACUCAACGACAAGAUCUACAUCUGCGGUGGUUUCAAUGGGACUGAGUGCCUGGAAACCUGUGAAUGUUACGACCCAGAAACCAACCAGUGGACUGAGAUCGCCCCCAUGAACAGCCACCGCAGUGGAGUUGGUGUCAUUGCAUAUGCAAACCUCAUCUUUGCAGUCGGUGGAUUUGAUGGCAGCGCCCGUCUGCGCAGCGCCGAGGCCUACCACCCCUGCACCAACACCUGGCACCGAGUGUCCUCCAUGUUGACCACCCGCAGCAACUUCGGCAUCGAAGUGCUCGACGAUCUGCUCUUUGUUGUGGGCGGCUUCAACGGCUUGAGCACCACCUAUAACGUCGAGUACUACGACGUGAUGACAGAUACGUGGUCUGAGGCCUGUGGCAUGGAGAUUUUCUGCAGCGCCCUGAGCUGCUGCGUGGUGCACGGACUCCCCAACAUGGCUGAGUACACUUUGUGUCGAGACGGCAGGACACUUUUAGAACUGGAGUCAAUAGAGGUAGAAUCCACCUAACAGUCCUCCACACAGUCCGGCUCUGUACCACCAUCCACACCAGCAAGACUUACUGACAAAGACUGACUGGCCAACUGAAGUGAACUGUGCCCUUUUUAACAUAUUUAAUUGCAUUCUGAGUUAAAGUUGACUCAAAAUCAAUUUUUAGGUUGUACAGUAGUGAGAAAAUAUAGAGACUUUGAUUUAAAGCUGCAGUAUGUAAUUAUAUUCGGUUUGAUACAUAAAAAAAUACCAAAAAUGAUCAACAGAAUUUGGAGAAAUAACAGUUCUGACAUUUUGUUACAGAUGUCGGUGUCUUAUGUUGCAGAGAUAUCUACUGAAGUUAGCAUGCUAACUAUGUUAGCCCCAGCCUUGCUCUGUCUCAUUAUACAACCCCAAGCUCACAGCCUGGACCGCUAGCUGUGCGGCUAACUGAACUAAGUAGUGAACAGCUGCUACAGUUAACGGCUGUUUGUGAUUGAAGUGACCUCGCUUGAGUUGGCGGUUGGAGGUUUUCUACUGUUUGACAUAAGAAGUAGAAGACAGACAGAUGUUUAAGAUUAUGGGCCUAAUGUGGAGCAUCUGUGUGCCUUAAUGACAUCAUCACACUCCUGUCUAUUAUUGGUUAAUUUGGGUGUGGAGCUUUCACUGCUGUCGCUUUCUUUUUAAUUCACUCGAAAUAAUAAAAUCAGCUGUAGACUGUGGUGUAAAUGCCAAAGAUUUACGUUACUUUCAUGCUAUGUAAUGUUGUAACCUGUUGCGAUUAAAUGAAGUAAAGCAGUAAAUGUGUCCAGAU